AUGAAGACUGCAACAGGUCUAGCAAGGAGGCGUAAAAGAGGAACAGUGGUAUGUACAAACUGCAGGAAAAGGAAAAGUAGAUGUGACAGACAACUUCCAUGCAACACCUGCAUGAGAUUAGGUAAUUCUGAAACAUGUGAAUACGAAAAUAAGCUAAAUCCUAAUACGUCCUCUAUAAGAGUUUCAUUUGCUCCCAAGAUUGAAAGAGUGAAGAAACAGGAUAAGUUCAUACCCUCCACUCUAUUUGGAAGCUCCUCUAAAUAUGUGAAAGUAUCUGAUUCCGUUGUCCAACCUGCUCCUUCUAAGGACUUCUACCAUGACAUCCCGGAAUAUAUCAAUUUAAUUCCUUCUGGUGACUAUAUUGAAACGAAACGGUCUGCUAUAAGCCAAUUUUGUUUGUUUAUGGACACAUCAGCAGAACAUAGGGAUCCUUACUUGAAAGCUAUGGUUAGAUUCAGAUCAAUUGCAAUUACAAAAUCUAUGAAAAAACUUGGAGUACCACUACACAAGAAUGAGAAACGUAGUACAAACGGGCUUCCUAGGUCUUUUCUACCGCUAUUUACUUUUGAUGCUGAUGACAUGGAACGAGUUGCCCAUGAUGAUUCACUCGAUGAACAAACAAAGCAUUACUAUAAAUUUCAUAAAUCCUUAUUUGAUAAGUUUGCAGAGUAUAGAGAAAAUGACUCUGUAAAGUUCACAGAAAAAAACUUCCAACCAAGAUUAUUCAUUCCCAAUGACGAACUCUUCUUAGAAGAAGUUUUACCCUUUUUUGAUACUCAUAUAUCCAAUUUAUGUCCCAUUUUUGAUAUCAGGUCCCUAAGGACUGAGAUUACUGCGAUGUAUACGCGACUCAAGAGCAAUCCCGAUUUAUCAGUGAAGGUAUUUGAUCAUAUCGUUUACUGUAUCGUACUGCUGAUUACAGUGCUCGUACAAUUGUCAAUUACUUUUUCUAGAGAUCUGAAAGUUAUCAACAGUGAUUUUGCUAAAGAGAUACUUGCUAUUGAUACCUCAAAAUAUAUUGCAAUUGUUAACCACUAUAUUUACCAAUCAAAAUCAUUUAGAAAAUGUACUCUUCUUCAAUUACAGCUUAUGAUUUUACUUAGGUUUUAUAAUUGGUGUGCACCAGAAGAUGGGGAUGGGAAUGAAGCUCAACACAGCCGCAUUUUAAUGGGUACAAUAAUAGCGUGCUGUAAGGAACUUGGCAUUGAUUGGAAAGUCCUGAACUCAGAACAAUUUUUCUUUGAUAUCUCUAACGGGACCAGGCCUAGUAUCAAAGUAAUGGGCAAGAAUGAAUAUGUCGAAUUGUAUAGGCUUAUAUGGGGGUUUGUUCUUUCCUGGGACAGGAAGAUGGGGUUUGUAAACGGUCAAGAAUGCUACAUCGGUAAAUCUUUAUUGUACAGUCCAAAAAAGUUAGUGCCGGGCUCAUGGCAUUUGAAAAUGGUCCAAUUAGAUCAUAUCAUGCUCCAAAUUAACAAUCUAAUAAAUGACACGCCUUCUAAUGUUAAUAAAACUGAGUUGAUGAAACUUCUCGAGACAUUAAAAGUUGAAUUUUUGAAUUUGAAAAAUUUAUCAAGACCAGAAGACAGUGCGCUAAAUUUUGAAUUUGAAUGGACACUGGAUCUUUUCAGCUUGUCAAUAUUACACGCAAUGAUGAUUUCUUAUGAGUAUAGUAUGCACCAUGUGAAAUUUCAUGAAACCAUGCAACUAUUGUGGGAUCAUAUCUUGCAUUUAGCGCAAAAAUGCUACUUAUAUAUAAACGAAGUUGAAGAAGCUGUAUCGCCUCAUCCCUUUAUGAGAUUUUACACCAACAGAAUAGUGGAGUUAGUUAAUAGUAAAUUGUGUGUCUUAGUGCCAGCAUUUAUCUUGAGGCUUUACCGGUUUGAAAAGAUGAAUUUCAAUUCAAGAAACUUGAUGACACGAUUUUUGUUUGAUGUAUCAUCUAUGUGUUUUAAUGAAUUUGGGGCAGUUUAUUUCAGGUGUUUCAAGAGAAUGUUUGCUGCAAAGAUAACUUAUAAGUUUCUAAAUAGGCCAGAGGAUAAAGAUCCAUGGGACAUUAUUUUGAAAUUUUUGGACUAUGAGUUUCGAAAUGGAAAGGGGGAUUUAGACUCUGAAAAGAACUUAAAAACCAAAUUGAAGGAUUUAAUUCCAGAAAUUUUUAAAGUUAGUAAAAUUAAAGCAAGUAGUGCUACGGUCAAGGACUUAACUCAGAUUUGGAAUUCGCAGAUAUGUCCGAUCGAGCAAUACGAUUCUCAAUUUGAAUUGAAUCUUCACGAAGACACUGUAAAUCAAUUCUUAGGUAUUAAAAAGUAUCACGAAACAUUCAACAUAUUCACUUCAUUCUAUGAUCACGCAAGUUCACAGUUAGCUAGUGAUACAGAUAAUGUAAAUACUCAUACCACUAACAGUAUGGAACAGAUUGAUACUAACAAAACGGUACCCAUUCCGUCGCAAAUUCUGUCAUCAGAAAGUACGUCCAUAUCAGGUCAUCUUUCGCCCGAUCAAGAACUUGAAGAUGGAAGCGGCAGUUUCACAAAUUUGAACCUGUUGGAAGAGAUAUUUGAUCCAUUAGAUUUUAUGUCCUAUUUUUAA